GCGAGGGGACAGAGCCAGCACUUCCUGCACAAUGACGCUGACCCAAGCUGAGAAAGCCGCCGUGGUCACCAUCUGGGCCAAGGUGGCCACCCAAGCUGAUGCCAUUGGGGCAGAAUCGCUGGAGAGGCUUUUCUUCAGCUACCCCCAGACAAAAACCUACUUCCCUCACUUCGAUCUGAGCCAAGGCUCAGCUCAGCUCCGUGGCCAUGGCUCCAAGGUCAUGAGUGCCAUUGGGGAAGCCGUGAAGCACAUUGAUGACAUCCGACGGGCUCUGGCCAAGCUCAGCGAGCUGCAUGCUUACAUCCUCAGGGUGGACCCCGUGAACUUCAAGCUGCUUUCCCACUGUAUCCUGUGCUCCGUGGCUGCCCACUAUCCCAAUGACUUCACCCCAGAAGUUCAUGCUGCGUGGGACAAGUUCCUGUCCAGUGUUUCCUCUGUUCUGACGGAGAAGUACAGAUAAAUUACCACAACAGAGGGUGGGGGAGACCCAUCCACAGCCCCGCCCUGCUGCCAAAUUCUGGGGUAUCACCCCU